UGUUAGGAGAUAAGAGGAUGGUGUUCACAGAGAGUUAAACAGCAACAAAAGUAUUUAUCUUCUUCUCUUUGCAUCAAAGUUAGAUCUCUCCUCCAUCAUAAUCCUCCAACGAUGACAAGCAUAGCUGCAACCGGUCUCAACGUCGCGACCCCAAGAGCGUUCGUUCGACCGGUGGUGACUAGUCUAUCCGCCCCGGUCCGUUUGAACUACCCGUGGAAAUUCAGUUCGACGAAACGGAUGGUUAUGUCGGUUAAGGCGACAUCGGAAGGAGAGAUCAUAUCGGAUAAGGUGGAGAAGAGUAUUCAGGAAGCGAAGGAGACUUGCGCAGACGAUCCGGUGAGCGGAGAGUGUGUGGCAGCGUGGGACGAGGUGGAGGAGCUGAGUGCAGCGGCGAGUCAUGCAAGGGACAAGAAGAAGGCUGGUGGAUCGGAUCCUUUGGAAGAAUACUGCAGUGAUAAUCCUGAGACUGAUGAGUGCCGUACUUAUGAUAAUUGAAACAUGUUUUUGAUGUCUGAAAAUUUAGGUGCUGUCUGAACAUCUUUCUUGUUGUUGUCGUCCUGUUUGGUUUGUUUGGUGCUUGUAAUGUGAUACUGAAUAUGAUGAAUACACAUAAGGUGUUUCAUAGUUUUCAAAUAUGAG